AACGUCCAAGACCGGAGCGGACGUACCCAUCUGUUCCGCUAUGCCAGCCGAGGAGAUUACGAGGCGUGCCAAAAGCUCAUGGAGUUUGGCGCGGAUGUCACCAUCAAGGAUAAUGCCGGAUGGACUGCUCUGCACGAAGCAUGUCUGGAAGGCCACGUUUCCAUCGUCAGCCUUUUGUUACAAUUCGGUGCGGACCCGAAUGUCACGGCUGAAAACUCGGAUACCCCUCUGCACGAUGCUGUACAAAGGGGUCAUAAGGAGGUUGUGGAAUGCUUACUGCUCCAUGGCGCAUCUAUCGACGCCGAAAACACCGAAAACGAAACGCCACUAUCAGUUGCAGAUGAGACGAUGCAGAAAGUUAUUCAGGAUUGGCUCCAGGCAGCCGAGGAGGUACUGGAGCGGGAUCAGUAUGGGAAGACACGACUCCACCAGGCUUCUGAAAGAGGAGAUCUCAACGAGUUGCGGAGAUGUUUGAAAUAUGGAGCCGAUUUGCAGUAUCGCGAUGAUGCGGGGUGGACAUCCCUGCACGAAGCGGCGCUGAAUGGGCACUACGACUGUGUACGAGAUCUACUUCUGCAUGGCGCGGAUGUCGACUCGCGGGGCCACGAUGAAGACACACCAUUGUACGAGGCUGUAUGGAACAAGCAUCACAACGUUGUAAAGCUGUUGCUUCAGUACGGAGCCGACGUCCGGAAGCGUAAC